AUGGGGGUGGGAGGUAGCAGGAUUAACCUCAGACCCACCGGUUCCACCAGCACCCUGGGCACACCUUUCUACCUGAUGGAGCACUGCGCUGGCCGCGUCUGCGGCGACGGCUCCCUCCCCACCCUGCAGCCCAGCCAGCGGAGGGCUGUUUAUGCUGCCAUGAGCCAAGUCCUCGCCAAGAUCCACCGCGUAGACCUGAGAGCAGCUGAGCUGGAGGACCUCGGGGAGCACGGCAGUUACAUUCAGCGGGAAGUUGAGGCCUGGACAAAGCAGUAUCGAGCUACGGAAACUCACGUUAUCCCAGCGAUGGAGAGACUCAUCGAGUGGCUGCCUCUGCAUUUCCCUGAAUCUCAGAAGACAACAGUGGUGCACGGUGAUUUCAGGAUGGACAACCUGGUCUUUCAUCCAGACAGGCCAGAAGUCCUUGCUGUCCUUGGCUGGAAGCUUUCAACUCUAGGAGAUCCCAUCUCUGAUUUGGCGAAUAACUGUAUGGCCUACUUCCUGCCACCUCACUUUAAUGCACUGAGAGGCUUGAGGAAAUGUGAUUUGGGGCACCUGGGGAUCCCCACGGCAGAGGAAUAUUCCCAGAUGUACUGUGACCACAUGGGAACAGAGCACCCCGAAAACUGGAAUUUCUACAUGGCCUUUGCCUUCUUCCGACUGGCUGCAAUGCUGCAGGGACUCUACAGACACUCUCUGGCAGAGAGGCCAGCCCCAGGUGACAGCAGCCCGGAGGAUGCAGAGUUCGUGGCCGACCUGGGCUGGGAGUUUGCCAUCAAAGAAGGAUUCCGUGUGUUCGACAGCCUCCCCACCACAAAGCCCCUGGCACGACGUUACAGUACCUGGGCCGGGCGAGGGCCGUCGUUCCUCAGCAGGAGCUGUGCUGCCUGGCCACGGCCUGGGGCAGCUCCUGUGCCCAAAGUCCCCACGGUCAUUCCCCCCACCAGCCUGCUGGGGAUGGCCCAGGGUCUUUACUGCAAGCUGGAAAAGAUCGUGGCUCUCCAGUGGGGUUUUCUCAUUUCCCAGCCCAGAUGGACUCCACGUCCUCCUCUAGAAGCGAAGGCAGAGAGUGCCAGGACCAAAGCAGCAGCUCUGACAAUGACCGUACAGGCCAUGGAUCAGCAUCGCCUGGUCCCCGGAGCGGAACGUCGCGGCGGUGCAGACCCCAGCCUGGUGCUGCACUCAGGUCUAAGCUCUGUGUCUGGCUGAAGGUCCCGCAUGGUUCACAGGACAGCGCUCUCCAGAGCUCAGCCACCGGUCGCUGCACUGGGGAGCCUUGGACCUGAGACUAAACCACGCUCUGGCGUGAGAGGGACCGUGCUAAGGGCAGCCUGGGAGCUUGGGGAUUGCAGUGCUGGUUGCUGUUAUCUCGUAUCUUGUUAUCUCGUUAUCAGUGCCUUUAUUGCCAGGUUCAGUUGGUAUGGAGCAAAUUCCAUCAUGAGGUUGCAGUCAAGCCUGGGGUGGGGGGAAGUUGCUCAGGGAUUAGCGGGUGGGGGUGCAAGACUUGGCUUGGGGAAUGAAGAGAAUGGAGCAGGGUGUCUCUCCUCCUUUGGCACAAACACCUUCCGCUGCCUGUGGAUGCGAGGACUCCAGUCAGUGCUGGGGGAGGAACUGAAUCAGCUGCCUGAGGACUCUGACCUCAGGGGGGGCUCCGGAGCUGAGGCAGUUCCUGGCUGCUGGGAGGAACUGGGAGGAACUGGGAGGACUCCGCGGUUCCUUGACUGCAGUGGGUCUUUCUGGGUUUCUUCAGGGACCCACAGGAUCAGUGGGGGCUUCCAGUGCUUCACAGAGGAGAAGUGUGGGAACAGUUGUGGUAAUUCCUGAGCUCUUGAUGCAUAAUCCCGGAUUAAUUCGAUAUUAAAGCGA